UUUCCAUGAAGCAAAAUCCCUCUGUCAUUUUCUUUCAAUAUGUCCAUUGAACUCUAUGGACCAUAGAGUUCAAUGAAUAUGUCCUAUCAAAAUGUAAGUGCUAAGAAAACCAUAACAAUUGUAUUUGCAUUUCGUAGUCAGUUCAUAGCCUAAUUAUUCAAAACCUUAUUAAUUCUGAAUAAUAUACAAAUGUUGAAGGCCAAAACUAUACUAGUGUAUAGGCCAUUACGUACGAAAAAACCUGCAACGUUCUCGUUAUCUGUGUAUCCUAUUUUUUCAGUGCUUUUGUCAAAUUCAAAUUUCAAAUGUUUGUGUUUAGUAUCUCAUAUCCAGUUUUUUUCACGUUUAAAUUUAGAAGAAUCUAUAAAAAAUGGCGACGAUGGCCCAGCGCAAAAGUAAUAUCAGUUUGUGUAUGAAAUACCCGAAAUGUAUAAGAAACAUAUGUAUCCUUGCUCACAUAGACCACGGCAAAACUACUGUUGCAGACUCUCUUCUUGGAACCAACGGCAUAAUAACCAGACGUUCAGCCGGUUCCUUGAGAUAUUUGGACGAUCGAUUGGAUGAGCAAGAACGUAAGAUUACGAUGAAAAGCAGUGGGGUAUCUCUUAUGAAUCCAGUGUAUUGUGAUGUUACCAAAACUGAAAAAUUAAUGUUGUUGAAUAUGAUCGACACUCCUGGACAUAUAGAUUUCUCAUCAGAAGUGACGACAGCUGUAAGAGUAAGUGACGGAGCUAUUAUAUUAGUGGACGUUGUUGAAGGUGUGUGUGUGCAAACUAGAGAAUCGAUAAAGCAAGCUUUUGAACAGAAAGCUAAAAUGCUUCUUUUACUCAAUAAAUUAGAUAAGCUUUUCGUGAACAAAGACGUGUACCAAAUUUUCAUCAGGAUUUCCCAAAUUAUCGAAGACUGCAAUUCUGCAGUCGCUCAGUUGUAUCAGUAUACAGGAAUAAGUGAAGUUGAUAUCGAAAAUACCGAUCUGCUUUUCCAACCGGAAAAGGGAAAUGUUAUUUUUGCCAGUGCAAUACAUGGAUGGGGAUUCACUUUGAAACAAAUAGCAGCAAUGUUCACCAGUAUGCUUCCUGGUGAAACUGUUGAAUCGUUGAACAAAAAACUAUGGGAUUUCGAUCUGUAUAUUGAUGCAAAGAGUAAAGCGAUAAAGAAAGGUGCUAUACAAAAGGCAAAAAUGAAUGUAUUUACUCAGUUAUGUUUGAAAACACUCAAAUAUGUUUAUGCAACAAUAGUAGUUCAAGAGGAUAAGGAAAAAGUAAAUGUCAUUUUGGAGAAACUGGGUAUUAAAGAAAUGACUAAAGAUAUGAAGCACAGAGAUCCCAAAAUACAAAUUAAAUCUAUUUAAGAGACUUGGAAAUCAUUAGCACAAACGAUACUCCAACAGUGCCUCAAUGUUUUUCCAGCCCAAUGUGACAUUCCAUCAGAAAAAAUCGAAUAUUUGGUAAACAAAAGUGUUCUCUGUGAAGAUCCCUACUUGAACGAAUGCAAAGAUGAACUGAUAUCCCAUUUAAAAAAUUGUGCUUCCGAUGAUGAGGCCCCUGUUGUGUUGUAUGUUUCUAAAAUGUUCUGUGUGAAUAAGUCUGAUUUAUCGCAAUACCAAACUAGGUCAAUAAUAUUGGAAGAAUUAAGCAGAGUGAGAAAAAAAGCAUUGAAAAAUGGUGAAAAAGUCGAAGAGGAGAAAGAUAUUGUUACCGUAGCUUUUGCCAGAGUAUUCAGUGGAAAUUUGAAGGAGGGGCAAGAAGUUUAUGUUCUACAUCGUGGUUAUAAGCCUGACAAGACUAAAAUAGAAGAGAAUGUUUGGAGUUUUAUUGCGGAAAACAAAUAUAUAACAAAAAUCAGGGUGAAACAACUUUACGUGUUGAUUGGAAGAAAUCACCAUGAUUUUGAAAAGAGUGUACGACGUGGUCGAAAAGAGAAACGGUAAAGUCCUCGACUCUGUGUGUAUGGACGAGGCAGAAAAAAAAUACUUGGUGAAGGCUCAUCUGCCCGUUAUUGACAGUACGGAUUUUGUGGGUGAGAUGCGCAAAAUUACGUCAGGUCAGGCUUCUCCCAAUUUGACAUACAGCCACUAUCGAGUUAUCAACGAAGAUCCGUAUUACAGACACAAUAUCGAGGAUCAGAUAGAUAAGAAGGCUGUUAGGGCGAGUAUCAUUUUGAGGGACGCAAGGAAGAGAAGAGGGCUCUAUGUUGAUGAGCAGGUGGUGACGCAUGCCGAAAAAGAAAGGAAUAGGAGUAAGAAGAAAUAAUUUCGCAAUUUUGUAAAUAACUGUAUUGCCCUCGGGUGACGCGUGUAAAAAGACGUUGUUAAAUUUCCUAUUUUACAGAGUUGUUCAAUAAAAAAUCAA